UUCCGGUCCUGCGCCAUCUGCAGUUUGUACGUGAACAGUCAAUAAUGCAAAAUGCUCGCCAAACUCAAAUUUCUUCGACAAGAAGAUAAAGCUUUACAAGAGAUUGAGACGAAGCUCCGGGCUCAACUUAAUCGUUUGAAGCAAGAGGAACGCGUCUUAAGACGCCAAAUGAGGAAAACUCAUGAAAGAAGCUUGAGUGAGGAUGAUCAGGAAAGUGUAAAGGAACCCGAGGCACACGUGGAUGAUGAAAUAAUCAAUCAAGAACCAUUGGAAGAUCUCAAUGAGAGAGCAACCUCCAUACUACAAAUGUGUCAGGCCCAAUACAUGGAAGAAAAGAUAGAUACAGAGGAAGAAGAAGAGGAGGAGGAUGAAAUCGAAGAAGAGAACGCAGGUGAUAUGGAUGGGGGAGUGGAAGAUGAAAUUGGAGCAGAGUAUAAAAAGCUCUUUAAAGAGAUGAGAGCUGAAGUGGACUACGAAGACGAGUUUGAAGAUUGUUGAGUGAAGGUUUUGUAUGGAUAACUUGUGAAACCAUUGUCAUGCAAGUCGAGGAAUGGAAGCCGAAUGCCAAAGUCGAGGGUUGAGGAUCAACAUGCUCUUAGAGCAGAAAGCGGGAGAGGAAGCAAAAUGUUACCAGGAAAGAGUUGACGAGACAUGAUGAGUGAAGUCAAUUCUGUGACAU